UCUCGUCUCCGGCGCCCACUUCGAUCUGGCACCAGAUUUAGAUGAAAGAAGAAAGAGUCUGACCCUUUUAUGAUCCUCUUCAUCGUGAUUCUCGCAGUCUCCAAUCUCCCGCCAAUGGCUCAUGACGGUGCUAGAACAAGGGUUGGAAUUUAACGAGAAUUUAACGACCGGGGAGCAGUGCUGAAACGACGCCGUUAGGUGCACCUAGAAGCAAUCUCAGCCGUUGGCUAGGAACUAAUCUCAACCGCCCAAUGAUUAGAGGACCGGGAAUUUUCAUUGCAAAGACUCUCGAAGUCUGAAACUGGCGGGGGGAGCGACUGGCGAGCAUAUUGCAACGUGGUAUAGAUGGCUGUGAAACGGUGACGGCAUGGUGGUCCAAGGUGGUCGACGGUGGUGGUUAUUGGAUGAUUUGCUGCGGUGACUUCGUGGUUGGUUCUUCGGUGGUUUGCGAAACCGAGCGACGGCAGAGGAAGCUAUUAAGACGGCGAUUGAGCACCAGCGAAUAACGCAUGGUGGUGGAGGGUGGCGGACGAUGGGACUAAGACAUGAUAGCAUUAUUAGAUUAUUAUAUUAAAAAUCUUUGAAGAAGAGAAUAAUUUGUUUGAUUCGUAUACCGGUGUCUUUCAAAUAUUUUCUUUCCCGUCUUUGAAGUUCUCUUGCCUUCAUCCCCCGACAGUUCACUAGUCUCUUCUAUUUACAUGGAUGACAGCCAGAUGGAAAUUCUCGUGCAUUCAAAACCCCUUUUUGUCGAAUUCAGGAUCUGUUCUCGACCACGCAGACAUAAGUUCCCUUCUCUCAGCUUGCGGGAGAGAUGGAAAUCUUCAACUUGGUGCUACAAUCCAUGCUCGCAUCAUCAAGGAGAGACGGCCUUUUGAUUUCAGAAGCUCGAAUGGUAUCCGCAAUGCCCUAUUCAUUUGGAAUUCUCUCCUUGCUAUGUAUUCGAAAUGCGGUGAAAUAUUGGAUGCCGUUAAGCUGUUCGACCGUAUGCCUGUGAGAGAUACUGUAUCUUGGAACACAGUGAUUUCUGGGUUUUUGAGUAACAGGGAUUUUGACUCGGUAUAUGGUUUGUUUAAACAGAUGCAUCAGUCGGAGCGUGAUCGAUAUGAUAAAGCAACCCUGACUACAAUGCUAUCAGCUUGUGAUGGUCCUGAGUCUUCAGAUCUAAAUAAGAUGAUUCAUGGUUUAGUAUUUGUAGGUGGUUUUGAGCUGGAAAUUUCAGUGGGAAAUGCUCUAAUAACGUCGUAUUUCAAAUGUGGUUGUUUUAGUCAUGGAAGGCAGGUUUUUGAUGAAAUGCCUGAAAGGAAUGUUAUAACCUGGACGGCAGUGAUGUCAGGUCUUGUACAAAAUGAAUUAUACGAUGAUAGUUUAAAAUUAUUUUCUCAAAUGCGGUGUUCUGGAUCAGUGAACCCGAAUUAUUUGACAUAUUUAAGCUCGCUUACUGCUUGUUCAGGUUACAAGCGUGAAGGAAGGGCGUAAAUUCAUGGCUUGCUCUGGAAAUUAGGAAUGCAGUCGGGUUUGCUCAUUGAAAGUGCAUUGAUGGAUUUGUAUUCAAAAUGUGGCUGUAUAGAAGCUGCGUGGAAGAUUUUUGAGUCAGCUGAAGAACUGGAUGUGGUUUCCUUGACUGUGAUACUCGUAGCAUUUGCUCAAAAUGGGUUGGAGGAAGAAGCUAUCCAGAUUUUUAUGAGAAUGGUGAAGUCAGGGAUUGAAAUUGAUCCAAACAUGAUUUCAGCUGUUCUGGGGGUAUUUAGUGUUGACACUUCUUUGGCUCUUGGCAAGCAGAUUCACUCCUUAAUCAUUAAAAAGAACUUUAUUCAUAAUACUUUUGUUAGCAAUGGACUUAUAAAUAUGUAUGCCAAGUGUGGAGAUCUUUCUGACUCGCACCAAGUCUUCUGUCAAAUGGCCCAGAAGAACUCAAUCUCAUGGAACUCCAUGAUUGCAGCUUUUGGUCGCCAUGGGGAUGCUUGUAGAGCACUUCAACUGUAUGAAGAGAUGAGAGUGGAAGGUAUAGCUCCCACAGAUGUUACAUUUUUGUCUCUAAUUCAUGCUUGCAGUCAUGCAGGCUUAGUUGAGAAGGGCAUGGAAUUGAUGGAAUGCAUGAUAAAAGAUCACUGCAUAACUCCUCGAUCAGAACAUUAUGCCUGCAUCGUGGACAUGUUGGGUAGGGCAGGGCUCCUUAAGGAAGCUAAAACUUUUAUAGAGGGACUACCAGAGAAUGCCGGUGUAUUGGUUUGGCAAGCAUUGCUUGGUGCUUGUGGCAUACAUGGUGAUUCUGAGAUGGGUAAAUAUGCUGCUGAUCAACUCCAUCUCGCCGCACCUGAUAGCCCAGCUCCUUACAUUUUGAUGUCCAAUAUAUACUCUACUGAGGGGAAAUGGAAGGCAAGGGCAAAAACUAUUAAGAGAAUGAAGGAGAUGGGAGUAGCGAGAGAAGCAGGCAUGAGUUGGAUAGAGAUGGAGAAUAAAAUCAAUAGCUUUGUUGUGUGGGACAGAUUGCACCCGCAAGCUGAUAUCAUAUAUUGCACUUUAUCUGGUUUGUUGAAACACUUGAAAGAUGAAGGAUAUGUCCCUGAUGGAAGGUACAUUCUUCAUCACUUGGGUCAGGAUUUGAAAGAUUAGACGCUGCUUUUAUUCUGACUGUUCAAUGUCUGGUGAGGAUGAUGGUGAUGUUUAGAAGGUAAGCCAGCUCUCACAUGUUUUCUUCUGGUGAAUCGUUCACAGGCAAUUUAUGUGGUUUGGUUUCUGCUUGUCAUAACGAAUUUUGAUGGUGCCACAAAACCCAAUUCAAAUCCUGUGUUCUGGGUACAUAUACUUCCACUCAAGAAGUAUCCUAAUUUUAUUUUAUUUUUAGGAAAAAUCUAAAUUAUACUCAAAUAUUGUUCUCUUUAACAAUAUUGAAAGAAAUUGUUAAUAAAAAAAAA